AACUACACUUCUCCUUUCUAUAGCAAUGGCUAACUCUUCUUUUCUCUCUCUCGGUCUCUGCUUUCUCGUUCUUUUCCAAACCUGCUUUGGUCAAUUAGAACAAUUAACAACUGAGAAUCGCCGGCCCUGGCAAUUCCGUGACCAGCGCUCUCAACAGGAUGCGUGUAGACUCGAACGCAUUAACGCUGUGGAGCCUUCCCGUAGAAUUCAAUCAGAGGCCGGUGUAACUGACAUCUGGGACGAAAACGACGAGCAGUUCCGAUGCGCUGGUGUCGUAGCCAUGCGUCAUACAAUUCAAGAGAGAGGCCUCUUGUUGCCCCUAUAUGCCAAUGGUCCUAAACUCAUUUACGUGCUCCAAGGUAGAGGUAUCCACGGAGCCGUAUUUCCAGGUUGUCCUGAGACAUUCCAGUCACCAUCAGAACCACAGGAACGGUACGGAUUCGGUGCAGGAGAAAGAGAGAGUCGGAGAUUUGAUCAACACCAGAAAGUUCGUUCACUCCGACAAGGUGAUGUUAUUGCUUUGCCAGCUGGAGUAGCUCAGUGGAUUUACAACAGUGGCCGGACUCCUCUUGUUCUUGUCCAAAUUAUUGAUACUGGCAAUGCUGCCAACCAGCUCGAUGAAAAUCACAGAGCGUUCUUUCUUGCCGGUAAUCCACAACGAGACGUACAGAGCAAGAGGUGUGCAUUUAGGGGUAGCCGGAUGCCCCUCGCAGGAAGGGAAUCUCGAAGGCCCUCCGAGGAAAGAUCAGGCAAUAUCUUUUCAGGCCUUGACGAACAACUUUUAGCAGACGCUUUCAACGUCAAUGUUGAGGUUGCAAGAAAGAUAAAAGGACAAAACGAUAACAGAGGAUUAAUUGUAAGCGUAGAACGUGAUUUUGAGUUGCUAUUCCCACCAAGAAGCGCAGAAGAAGAAAGACGAGAAAGAGAGGAAGAGACCCAGAAACAAUUAGAGGGAACAGGUUACAGACCAGGUGGCGGCCAAGGAAGAUUCGUUAAUGGUGUGGAAGAAACUUUCUGCACUGCUAGACUCGUACACAACAUCAAUGACCCGUCACGUGCCGAUGUAUUCAACCCACGUGCUGGCCGUCUCACCAACAUCAACGGCCAAGACCUCCCCAUCCUCAGUUAUAUCCAGCUAAGCGUUCAGAAAGGUGUCCUCUACAGAAAUGCUCUAAUGUCACCACACUGGAACGUCGAUGCCCAUAGCAUAAACUACUUCACAAGAGGAAAUGGCCAUAUCCAGAUCGUAGAUGAUAAUGGAGAGACAGUAUUUGAUGGAGAAGUUCAAGCAGGACAAAUAUUAACAUCUCCACAAAACUUUGUGGUAGUAAAGAGGGCAGGAAGCGAAGGUCUUGAAUGGGUAUCCUUCAAGACUAAUGACAAUGCCAAGAUUGACCAACUAGCAGGACGUGUCUCGGCAAUCAGAUCAAUUCCAGAAGAGGUGUUGGCAAACGUAUUCCAGGUUUCAAGGGAGGACGCGAGGAGACUGAAAGAGAAUAGACAAGAAGUGACUCUGUUCAGCCCUGGGACUAGGCCUUCUUCUCGCAAUUGAAGGGACUAAAAAGGCAGCUAUGUAAUUGUAAUAAGGAGAGAAAAAACGCUUAGCUAGUGGCUAUGUAGGAGAGUAAUAGAGAGGUGUAAAAAUAAAGCCUUUAUAAGUGGGCAUGAUAAAGACCUUGUUUGGUUCUUUGCACUAUCAUUAAUGUAAAUUAUAUCUUGCGGGAAAAA